AUGACGGACGAGUUUGCAGCACUCUUCGCAGCACAGGUAGUGGCUAGGAUAUUUGAUCCAGCUGAGAUGAUUCCCGCGUUUGAUGACGAUGAGGAGGCCCUUAGAUUCCUUAUACGCAUUCAUUUUCAUGGAAUAGAGUCAAGAGCAAUCACAAGAUAUCUGAGCAAGAAGCAGCAAGGAAAAGGCACAGAGCUGUUAGGAGGUACAGUGGCAGAGCAGGCCAUGGUGGAUGUGUGGUGUGAGGUGGAGGCCCAUCAGUUCAGUGCACCCAGCAGUGCAGUUGUGUUUCAGACUGUCAUACUUCCAUUGAAAGGAGGAAAGACAGAUGAGGAGAUAGUGAAGAGCAAUGUGGAGAAGCUGAGCAAAGUGUUGGAUGGGUAUGAAGAGAGGUUGGCUAAACACAACUACUUGGCAGGGGACUUCUUCAGCCUGGCAGAUCUUCACCAUCUGUCAUAUACUCACUACUUAGUGCAUGGUGCAGGAAAGGGAGAACUCGUAACUGGCAGACCCCAUGUCAGUGCUUGGUGGGACCGCAUCUCUACCCGACCUGCCUGGCAAAAAGUCUCACAAAACAUGAAGAGAUAA